UGGUUGAUUAGUCUUCAAAUACCUCCAAUCAAGCGGCCCAUUGUUUUCGGAGCACUGUCACGGCUGUCUGCUUCUUGACGUGCGACACGUCGAUGACUCGGGUGCCCUAACUCGGGGCACCAACUUGCAGAACUGGUCGCGUCACCCCUAUGAGCUCGAUCGGCCUGUCCAUUAUAGCAGGAGUCAACCGUGACUCCACCAACUUGGGCGGAGCCCUCUUGGCCACCGCUAUAUAAGCUUCCGAUGCCGCACAUAGAGUCGUACCACGACCUGGCAUAAGAUUGCAGUCAUGAAGAAGAUCGUGUUGAAGGUCAGCGUCAUGUGCACCAAGUGCAAGAUCUGCAUCAUGACCAUCAUCUCCAAGUUCGACGGGAUUGUUUCGAUCGCGAUGGACGUGGAGAAGAGCACGGUGACGAUAGUGGGGGCGGUGGACGCGGUGGGCGUGGUGAAAGCGCUGAGGAAGGCGAAGAAGCCGGCGGAGAUCGUCAGCGUGGGCGAUCCGGACAAGAAGAAGGAGGAGGAUAAGAAGAAGCCUGAGGACUGCAAGUUGCCGCCGUGCUGCAACGCCUGCCGGACCGCCGUCGUGUGGCUGGAUGAACCAAGCGCCUGCACCAUAUCCUGAAUCCAUGCACACUGCUUUUGCUCCUCUCUUUGAUUUGGCUUAAUCAUCUCCUCAUCACUUCCUCGUGUACGCAGAUGCUUCCAAUAUCUACUUAAUUUCUCGUUUGUACUGUAAGCAAACAGCAGAUCGUGUAGAAUGAAUAUAUAUUUGCUCUUGAUUAAUCCUUUCAA